AUGCGGCAUUUUCCCAUUCGCCGACGAUCCGUCCACUACGUCAGUUUCGGCCAAAACCCAGACUACUACGCUGAGUGGUGUAAUGGAAAGUUCCACUGUAAAGCGACACAAGCUAUCAAAGUUCUCGUCCACCAGUGCCGCCAGGAGGGUGACAUAGACCAGCUUGCUCUUGGGAUGGAAAACACGUGCGUGGUGGUCAAAGGCAGCGAGCUGGGAAAAUCGAAAGCCAAGUGGUAUCUUGGCGAGCAUUAUGAGACACUGGAUCGGGUGCUCGAGAAAAACCAUCGCGGUAUUGUUGUAAGGUAUCCUUCAUCCUCACCAUUGCUGGGCAAUUUUAACUCAGGUGGGCGGUCUCUAGGCGAUUUCCUCAAUCUGAAGGCUUGGGAUGAGUACAUCAUGAUAAGAGAGAGCUCUACACUGGGGUGGUCUUGCGAAGCUUCCAGAAGCUGGGCAGCCUAUCAGAUGACAAGAUUCGUGCACUGGAAGCAUGGAGAACGCAGCAUGGGAUCGCUUAAGGAUGGCAGCGGGGUCACAUUGCUCUUCACUUUGCAGAGCAAGUUUGACUGCUCGAGCGGCAUGGGGUAA